AUGCCGCCUCGGGUCAGGUUGGGCCAAGUUAGGUUACGUCAUGGAGCGGGUCGUCCGCUGCGGCAGCCGUGCAAAAAUUCCAGUAUUUUGAAGACAUGUCUCUCACCAUGCUGCCGCACGUUCGCUUCGCUUCGAUCGCAUAAUGCGCGAUUGACACGCGCGAGCGUAGGGACAAGCGCUCACGGACGUCGCCGGCCUUCGUCUCGCGAGCGGCGCGAGAGGUUAUGUCGCACGUGCGAGCUACGUUAACUUGCCGGCGGUGACACUUGAGGAUCUUCACGGGCCCGAGGCGCGGAGAGGAUGUCGCAGGAGAAGCCGUGUCGCGCCUGCGUGGACUUCCGCACGUGGGCGAAACGCCAGAAGGAGGUCUACGACUCGGAGAAGGGGGUGCAGAAGAAGCAGGAUCAAACGCCGAUUGCCGGGAACAGCGGCACUCGGCAGGACUGUCCUCUGGACAAGGAUGAGCUGGGCUCCAAGACCUGGGCCUUCCUGCACACCAUGGCGGCGUACUAUCCCGACAAGCCGAGCGAGAGGCAGAAGGUCGACAUGAACAGCUUUUUUCACACGUUUUCUAAAUUCUAUCCGUGCAACGUGUGCGCGGAGGACCUGCAGGAGCAGUUGAAACACUUGCCGCCGGAGACCGGGUCGCAGGAGAAGUUGAGCCAGUGGCUGUGCAGAAUACACAACGGGGUAAACAAGAAGCUCGGCAAGCCGGAAUUUGACUGCAAGCUAGUUAAUCAGAGGUGGAGAGACGGCUGGCUGGACGGUUCUUGCGAUUGACAGAUAGCAAUAAUAGUCGUUUGAAUGUACAAUGGGACCUGAAUACAAUACGAAUUAUCGUGUAAAUAAUUA